GUUCUAUGGGGUCCUGGUGUCGAACCUGUCGCUGACUCGCUACAAGGAGGUCUACGCAGCCUCCGCAGAGGUGCUGGGACUUGCACUGGAGCAGCUGUCUCAAUCGGACCCGGAGGGUGAGAAGGGGCUUGCCGACCUGGCCACCGUCCGGCUGGAGUCGCUUCAGCGCAGUGAUCCGGCAAAGUUUGUGGGGUGCCUGGAGCUCAUCACACGUUCACACCCACCCUUCGCCGACCGGUUCGUAGCGGCCGUGCUGAGCCUGGUGCCGCGGCUGCACGGAGCGCUGAAGACCCAGUGUCUGCGCGUGGUGGCGACGCGCGCCUCCACCAUCGCCAGCUUCUACACCGAGCUGCAGGCCGUGGGCUUCCUGAAGAUCCUGGCCAGCCGGGACGACGAGUGCCAGGCCGUGUGCUUGGGCCUGCUGGAGGAGGCCUUGCCUGGGCUGGGCCCUGCGGAGGUCGCCGGCGUCCUGGAGGCCGUGGGGCCCCUGGGGUCGCACCCCGCGGACGCCUGCCGCCUGCGGCUCUACCUCGUCCUCAUGAGGGUCUACGACACGUACAG